CUCAGUGCGCUGCCUCUGCUUCGUCGGUUUAUUUCACCUCUACUGAGCCACCUUGGGACUGACAUAGGAUUAUUUUAGGAGCGUCGAUAGACGUUGGACGACAAAAUUGUUUGCUCUCUCAGACGGAAAAAAAAUGCGUCUCAUCCAUAACAUGACGACCAUCGCGGAGUGUCCAGCGCCCGAAUACUCGGUCCCCAACCGGGUCAUUAAAAUGGCUGUGAUGGGAGGCAGCGGAGUUGGGAAAACAGCGCUAGUGGUGAGAUUCCUAACCAGGCGCUUCAUCGGGGACUAUGAGAGAAAUGCCGGUAAUCUGUACUCCAGGGAAGUCCAGGUGGAUGGCGAGCAAGUGACAAUCCAGGUUCAAGAUACUCCUGGUGUGGAGAUGACUGAUAAUGGCAUCAGUCUGCCUGACCAUGUGACCUGCUCCAUGCAGUGGGCCGACGCAGUGGUGCUGGUGUACUCUGUGACAGACCGCAGCAGCUUCGAUCUGAUCGAUCAGCUCCACCAGCUUGUUGUUCGUACCGGCGGCGCCAAUAUGCCUCCGGUAAUCCUGCUGGCCAAUAAAGCGGACCUGCUGCACCUGAGGCGGGUCGACUCUCAGCAGGGUCCUUUGCUGGCGGGAACGCUGGGCUGCUCCUUCUAUGAGGUAUCUGCCAGUGAGGACUACAACCAGGUGCACAGUGCUUUCCACAGGCUGUGCUGCCAGCUAGCCAAGCAGCCACCUCCCCCCUCCUCCAACUCCUCACACGGCUCUGCCAGCGCCGCCACGGAGAAGAGGCGCUCGCCACUCAUCCCCAGGCCAAAGUCCCCCAACAUGCAAGACUUGAAGAGGCGCUUCAAACAGGCACUGUCAGCGAAAGUCAGGACUGUCACCUCUGUGUGAAGAGGACUAGAAGUCGAAAGUGGUCCAGAGUGGCCACAGAGAGAAAGAAAGCAUUGAAGAUGGAAGAGAAAAGAGGACAGAGAAGAUUUAAACUUCUCCACUGCAGUCCUGUGUCAGUAUGGCUGAAGGAGGCAGGUGUGAAACAAAAAGUGGUAGGUUCUCAAUUGCCAGAGGCAGCUGAGUCUUUACAGAGGUGAUGACCUCUACAUGGGCAGGUGUCUGUCCUGUCAGAUACCAUGUGUAAGGAGAAGCAGCGAGGAGGUUCGUCAUCUGUUCAGGAGAAGAAAUGGCAGCUGAGGACACAGAGUCAGCCGUGUGAGGCUGACUGAAAUCCACUCUCUCUGCAAAUAAAUUCAAAAACUGCAUAUCAAGCUCUCCUGGCAACAGCAGCUCUGAAGGACACUUUAGCUUAUUUUUAGCUGUGUUGCCCAUUGUGGCAGUUCUUUAUUUAGGCUGCCAAAUGUUGAUGUUAUAAUAGCAGCUGCUUGAGUCAAGGCUGUGUGCAGCCGUGUGUGUGUGUGUGUGUGUGUGUGUGUGUGUGUGUGUGUGUGUGUGCGCUCUGUCUCUUACAUGUCAUUACCUGCAGUAUAUUUUCACAGCAUCCAUUGUGCAUGACAGAAUAGUGAGAGUGGAGGCGCGGGAUGUAGAGGGGCAGUAUGUAGCAUGUGGCGUUUAUUAUCACUGAUGCACUUUAUAAAAAAAGAAGUUACAAAAGGGCCUGUUGUUAUUUAUUUGUUACACUUUUUGCUCACAAUAAAAUGAUGAUGAAUUUCA